CUAAGAGGCAGGGCCAUGGAAUCUGUCCAAUCAGCACCGGGGGUAGAUGAAUUUGGCGGACACACUGAGCCUGCGCUGUGGACGUGGCUGGUCCUUGUAACCGCAGGAGACUGGGUCUCCCUUGGCUAAGGUGCUGUGUCCUUUGUCGCGCUGUCACCCCAGCUGCUGAGGAUUCCUCGUGAAGACUGUGGGUGACGCCAGCAACAGGAAGAUGGCAGUGGACUCAGUGGACUUUGAGGAUGUGGCUGUGAAGUUCACCCUGGAAGAGUGGGCGCUGCUGGAUCCUUCACAGAAAAGACUCUACAGAGAUGUGAUGAGGGAAACCAUCAGGAACCUGACUGCAGUGGGGAAAAUAUGGAAAGACUGGAACAUUGAAGAUGAUGAUCAAAAUGUGAGGAGAGAUCUGAGGGCUUCAAUGUGGGAAGGCUUCCAGGACUUCAUGCUUCUGUGAAGUACAUGGAAGAAUUCAUUCUGCAGAAAAACCUUACACCUGUAAUCAAUGUGGCAAAGCAUUCAGGGAUUCUAAUACCCUUCAAGAUCAUGAAAGAAUGCAUAGUGGAGAGAGACUCUAUCAGUGUAAAAUGUGUCAUAGAAUCUUCAGUAGUUUAAGCUCAGUUCAAGUUCAUGAAAGAACUCACAGUGGAGAGAAACCCUAUGAAUGUGAACAGUGUGGAAAGACCUUCACUCGUUCCAAUGUCCUGCGAAUGCAUGAAAGAAUUCACAGUGGAGAAAAACCCUACAAAUGUGAACAAUGUGGAAAGGCCUUUAAUUAUUCUCAUU